AAAAAAAACAACCCCCCCAAAAAGGACCCCCCCCCCCCAAGCGGGAGGCUCUGCCACCCAACCCUCGGGGUUGCCAGCGGGCAGUGCCCAUGGAGGGAGGAGAGAGACCGCCGCCCCCGGCCCGGGCAUUGGCUGGGCUGGACCACCCCCCUGCCUACCGGUGCCCACCCCAGAGGGGCAUGAAGCGCGACGAAGGCAAGGAGACUUACAAACUCCCCCACAGAUUGAUAGAAAAGAAAAGACGAGACAGAAUUAACGAGUGCAUUGCUCAGCUCAAAGAUUUACUGCCCGAACAUCUAAAACUGACGACGUUGGGACAUCUGGAAAAGGCAGUGGUUUUGGAAUUAACUUUGAAACACCUAAAAGCUUUAACGGCCCUAACGGAGCAGCAGCAUCAGAAGAUCAUUGCUUUACAGAAUGACGCCGCUCCGGACGGGGACCAGCGGUUCCGCGGGCACCGAGGGCACCGCGGGCGUCCCGCCCCGCCCCCCAACUGCGUGCCCGUCAUCCGGCGACCCCGGGCAUCGCCCGACACCGACACCGACAGCGGCUACGGGGGGGACCCCCACCCCAUCCCCCACCCCACCCCCAAGCCCCCCGUGAAGCGGGAGCCCCCCGGGGACGCCCCCGCCCCCAAGAGGUCCCGGCUGCAGGUGGGGACCCCCGGGUCGCCCCCGGGGCUGCCCCCCGGGUCGCCCCCGGGGCUGCCCCCCGGGUCGCCCCCCGGGUUGCCCCCCGGGCUGCUGGGCUCCCUGCUGGCCUUGGGCGGACCCCCGCCCGCGCCCUUCUGCCUGCCCUUCUACUUCUUCUCGCCCUCCGCCGCCUACGUGCAGCCCCUGCUCGACAAAGCCGGCCUCGACAGGUACCUGUUCCCGGCCGGGGGUCUCGGGGGUCCCGGGGGUCCCGGGGGUCCCGGGGGUCCCGGCCCGCUGCCGCUGCUCUACCCAGGACUGGCCGCCGCCGCCGCCGCCGCCGCCGCCGCCGCCGCCGCCACCGCAGCCUUCCCCUGCCUCUCCUCCGUCCUGGCGCCCCCGCCGGACGGGGACGGAACUGCAACCGCCACCCCAACCGCAGCCGCCUUCCCCGGGCUGGCGGCCUCUCCGGACGGGGGAGGAACCGCCACCGCAGCCGCUUUCCCCCGUCUCGCCCCCGGGCUGGCGCCCUCUCCGGACAGGGGCGGAACUGCCCCCGCUCCCGCCGCCCCCUUCCGCAGCGUCUCCUCCGUCCUGGCGCCCCCGCCGGACGGGGACGGAACUGCAACCGCCACCCCAACCGCCGCCGCCUUCCCCGGCCUCGCCUCCGUGCUGGCGCCCUCUGCGGACAGGGCGGGGACUACAACCGCCCCCGCCGCCCCUUUCGCCCGCCUCGCCUCCGUGCUGGCGCCCUCUCCGGACAGGGCGGGGACUACAACCGCCCCCGCCGCCCCUUUCCCCGACCUCGCCUCCAGGCUGGCGCCCUCUGCGGACAGGGCGGGGACUACAACCGCCCCCGCCGCCCCUUUCCCCGGCCUCGCCUCCGUGCUGGCGCCCUCUGCGGACAGGGCGGGAAUUGCUGCAGCCGCCACCGCCGCUUUCCCCAGCCUCUCCUCGAUCCUCGCGCCCUCUCCGGACAGGGACGGAACCGCAGCCGCCGCCACCGCGGCCUUCCCCAGCCUCGCCUCCGUGCUAGCGACCUCUCCGGGCAGGGCGGGAACCGCCACCGCAGCCUUCCCCAACCUCGCCUCCGUACUGGCGCCCUCUCCGGACAGGGCGGGAACUGCAGCCGCCGCCUUCCCCAGCCUCUCCUCCGUACUAGCGCCCUCUGCGGACAGGGCCGGAUCUGCAGCCGUCGCCGUCUUCCCCUGCCGCGCCUCCGUGCUGGCGCCCCCUCCGGACAGGGCGGGAACUGCUGCAGCCGCCGCCUUCCCCAGCCUCUCCGUCGUGCUGGCGCCCCCUCCGGACAGAGCGGGUACUGCAGCCUCGGCCUCCCCGACCUCCUCCUCCUCCUCCUUCUCCUCCUCCUCCUUCUCUUCCUCCUCUUCUUCUUCCUCCUCCUCCUCCUCCUCCUCCUCCUCCUCCUCCCCGACCCCGCAUCUGUCCUUCCCCGCCUCCACCCUGCGGGAGCUCGGGGCGACCCCGGAGCCGGAGCGCCCCCUUGUGGAGGACCUGCGGGCCCGCCCCGCCCGCCGGCACACCCCCUGAGCACCCCUGCCCAUCCCCUGGCAAGGAGGGACAGCUCCUGGCAGAUAUGCAUCCUCGCAGAAACGUGUCACAGCUGCACGGCAGGUAGUAGGGAUGGAUGCAUUUUUUCUUUUCUUUUUCCUUUUUCAGCAUCUGGUUGGUGGGCGACCCCUUGUGUCACUCCCACUCUGCCGUAGAAGGCCCUCGGCGGGGUGUAUGUGUGCUUUCUUUGUCUCUCUGGACAGAGAGACCUAUAUUUUGUACGUAUUUUUUUCAAGGCUCUAAAUGGAAGACAAAACAUAUUCAUUCAAUCGUGUUUAUUGAGCGUUUACUAUGUGCAGAGCACUGUACUAAGGGCUUGGGAUGUACAAUUCGGCAACAUACGGCUCGCUCUCUAUCCAUCUAGAGAGGCGAUCUCUGUCCAACCUAGAUAGAUCAGUGGUCCCGUUGUUGGGUAGGGAUCGCCUCUGUCGCUGAAUUAUACUUAACAAGCGUUUAGUACAGUGCUCCGCACACAGAAAGCGUUCAGUGAAUACGAUCGAAUGAAUGAAUGGAUGGACGGAGCUGUCUCUCUGUCCGUGUACGUGCGUAGGAGUGCACUGUCUUCCAAGGAUUUAGAACCUUUUUUAAAGAUGCUCCACUGGCGAUGAUCGCCAGGGGAGUCUGUCUUAAGCUGUUGAACUUUCUUGGCGAGAAAGGUGGGAUUCAUCUCUGCCCAGGGAGGGGUGGGGGCCGCGGAGGACCAGAGGACCCAGGGAUGCUGAGAAUCCAGACUCCCCCCCCAAGCACCAGCUCCCGGCCUACAAUUCCCACCAAUUGAGGAUGUGGAUCUUUGAAGACGAAAGUUGCCACUCGGGAUUUUUCUAAUGCUCCGCUUCAUCCGUCGCGGAAAUCUGCGAAAGACAGGGGCGAGGAUGCAGUUGGGCCGGAGAUUUAAUGUUUUGCACCUUAUUUGUGUGUGUGUGUGUGUGUGUGUGUGUGUGUCAGGGGGAGGAGGAAUGGUUGUGCUGUAUGGUCUCAAAGUCCUACUUUAGGAAUUUGCACCCGGGUGAAGAGAACCUGGAUCGGUCCACUCUCAGGACGGAGGUGGGGCAAGAGGAGGCCGUGGACAGCAAAAAGCGCCCUUAAGUACAUUUGCUAGCACUUUAUUGAGAAGUGGACCGAUGAAAUCAAAUGAAAUCAAUUGAUUCAAUGCCAUUUCCCCGAUAUAAAGAUAUUUAUCUUUCCAUCUAUCUAGAUAUAUAGCUAGAGUGAUAUCUGUAGAUAUCUCUAGCUAUAUAUCAACAGAUAUCUCUAUAGAUAUUUCCCUGUAGAUAUAAAUACCCAUCUAUAGGUAUAGAUUUCUAUGGAUAUCUAUAGAUAGGUAUAGAGAUCUAUAGAUGUAGCUAUAUCUAUAGAUAGGUAUAGAGAUCGGUAGCUAUAGCUGCACCUAUAGAUGUGCAUAGGGAUAUCGAUAUCUUUAAGUACAUAUGGAUAUCUAUAGAUGUACGUAUCUAGACAUCUGUAGAUAUGGAUAUGUAUCUAGUGCAUUUCGUCGCACGCUGCCAUCAUUUAAGUCACGGUGUUCCCGAGUUUUUGUUUCCUUGCUGUAAGAAAACCCAAACUGAACGUUUGCGCACUGAUCCAAGGAAAAGAAUAGGACAAGACAAAAAAAAAAAAAGAAAGAACAAACUGCAAACGGAUUAAUCCUCUGUUCUCCUUCGCAUUACCUGGGAAGAAGGCAGGCAGAUGAGGCUGGUCAGGUGUGGAGUGUGGGGGAAAACGGCCUGGGAGCCCUUCUAACCCCCAACUAUCAUAGUUUCCCUUUUCCGGAGGCCACGCCGGAUCAUCACAGAGAAAGCUUUUUAAAUAAGGCUUAAACCGAGACCUUGCCCGGGUAUUUUUAGUGUGUUGCCAAGGUAGCACAGUGAGAAAUCUCGACUCGAAUGUUAUGUAAGAGGUGAGACACAACAGUCUGACUAGGAGAGGAGAAAUAUCUGGAGCUGUUUGUCAGUUUUGGUGCAUUUUGCUGCUGCUGUGGCUGCUGCUGUCGCUACUGUUUGCCUCAAACGCUGUGUUUAAACAACGUUAAAAAAAAAUCUUACUAGCCUGCGGAGCGGCUCUAUGUAAAUAGUUGUUAAUACAUCCAAUUAAUGCUGUCUGACAUGCUAUUUUUGUAGGGAGAAAACCGUGUUACUGAUAUUUUGAGUUGAAAAAAAUCUCUCUGGGGGAGGAUCUGCCGAAAAAGUUGCACUUUGGUUACAACGCUUAUGCUUGGUACCAGCUUAUGCUGUCUUAAAUUAUUUUAAAAAAAUAAAUACUCUCUGCAAGAAACCAGCUGUUCUAGGAUGCGACGGUUUAGUAGGCGAUAUACUAGACAUCGAUCUUUAUAUUCCAGUAUUUUCCAGCACUCCAUAAAUUCUAUUCUCUAAAUAUUUCCACACUAUUUUGUGAUUUAAAAAUUCUUACUAAGGAAUAAAAGCUUUAAUUAUACGGUC